AUGUACAGUGGGAAGGCGAAUUUCAUUUUAACAGAUAGCUCGACGGACGAGCUUGAGAUGUCGAAAACGGCAAGCACUACGGACUCUACAAGUGAUGAUACAAAAAACGAUGAGAAACCCGAGAAGGCCCAUGAUAAGCCGUAUGGCAAACCCUAUGCGAAGGGGAACAGCAAACAAUACUCAGCGGAUAUUUCGCCCCUAAAGUUCAAGAUGUGUCGACCUGGUACGUCAAACGAGGGUGAAUUGGGUGUAGUGAGCAAUUCGGUGACAAAAGGUGAUACGGAAAAACUGGGUAUAGAAAUGCUUGGCACAGACUCGCCGCUUGUCGCAGACAAGUACUUGCAAUCGAGUUUUCUCGGAUCGAUUAACCGAGAACAAUUCGAAAAGUAUUUGAAAGAACCCGAAUACGUGCGGAUUUUCAAGAAAAAACGUAACAUUAAGCAAUUUCGGCGGAUGUUUCUGGCGCAGGAGUUACGAUUUGAAAACGAUUUGUCUGUUGGUGCGGCGCUCGGUGUGCCACCUUCGGCAAAUGUCGGGGCGUCGAAUGCAUCUACUACGACGCUUAACAGUAUGGGGGAAAGCAUAGGUCGUGCACUCUGGGCAAUGAAAUUCAGUCGGGAUGGCAAGUUUAUGGCCACGGCUGGUAAAGAUUGUACGUUGCGGAUAUGGAAAGUGAUAUCGUCGCCGAUGGAGCGUGCAGAAUUGAGUACAGUGAGCACUAAAUUACAAAACAAGCAAACACCGCUUUACGGUAGUCCAGAAGAAUUGAAUCCCAAACCUGGUGAAGUACGGGACGAAUAUCUUGACCUCUACGCUCCGGUUUUCCAUCCGCUUCCAUAUCGGACUUUUGCAUCACAUACGCAAGAUAUUUUGGACUUGGACUGGUCGAAAAAUGAUUUCAUUCUGACAGCAUCAAUGGAUAAAGACGUUCGUCUUUGGCACUGCGAUCGGCCCACGUCACUUAAAAAAUUUCCACAUCCGGAUUUUGUCACUAGCGUCCGAUUUCAUCCCAGCGACGAUCGGUUUUUCCUAAGUGGGUGUCUAGAUCACACUUGCAGAUUAUGGUCCAUAUUAGAGAACCGAGUCGCUUUUGAGUACUACUGUGGUGAUCUUAUCACCGCAUUAGAUGUGUCUUGCGUCGAUGGCAGAUACACCGCAGUGGGGACGUUCAAUGGGUACGUUUCCAUUCUAACGACGCAUGGACUUGACGUUGUCAGUUCCUUCCACGUCUUGGAUAAAGCCAAGGGCUCUGGUGCCAAAAGAGCUACGGAGCAUGGCCCCAAGAUUACGGGUUUGGAGUUUUUCAAGAGCGAUGCCGAUGGCAGUUUAAAACUCAUGGUGACCUCCAACGACUCCAGCAUACGCAUAUUCAGCAUAAAAGACUUAAAACUAUUAGAAGUGUUGCGCGGCUUCGAAAACGCCUCCUCCCAGAUCAGUGCACAUCUCUUGAAACCCAGAGGCAACACAGAAAUUGUCAUUGCGCCCAGCGAAAAUCACUGGGUCUACUGUUGGAAACUGCGAUCCACAUCUGAAGAUGGGAUUAAAAAACCGUCCAGUUCCAACAAAAGCAAUGUGAAGAGAAGUGGUUCAUUGAGGGGUCUUCUGGGAAGACGGUUGAGCCUGAGCAGUGUGCACUCGGGAGAAAAACGUCACUCUAAACUUUUCGGUCAUGGCAAACAUGAACAACAAGACAAUGAGGGACAUCAAAAGGUCAACAGCGACCAUGCGAUUAAAAAUUUUGCAUAUAUUGCAUUCCAUGCACAUAAAGUGCCCGUCACUGUAACUGCUGUGGCGUCAUCGGGAACAGCGAAGACUUUAGCAUUAUCAAACGAUUUCAUUUGUGAAUUGACCAUGGCAUUCAGCGAAAGUGAAGACGAUGUGGCUGUGAUGAGAGCAGCAAAAGAGCAUAAAAAUAAAAACCAAAAAGGUCAAAACUCUGCGAAAAAAGGGCUUAUCGAAGCUCGGAUGCCUUCAAUGAGAGACGCGAUUGGUACAAUCCUAGUUUCCAGCGAUACUUCAGGUGUUAUAAGGGUUUUCCGCACGGAUCUUUCCAGUAAUGUGCGUAAAAGAGUUCUUAAAGCUUUGGAAAAUAAAUCAACGUUAGGCAGCUAUUUGCUUGAGUCACUGGUUCACCUUGACCCGCUCCUGCCAAAUGGCGUAUUGGGGAACACGGUCAGGGCCGCGACAAAUACGCUGGCCAAAAGCAGGGCUUUCAACAGCACCACAUCUAUACGAUCAUUGGGCAGCUUGAGUUCUCUCUCGGAAAAUAAGAAAAUGGAUAUUCCAUCCGAAUGUGACAUUUGCGGUGGUACCGCUUUGGUUCCUGGGAGACCAAGACGAGACAAUGGUAAGCCCAUUAUAUAUUGCUCAGACUGUGGCAAUCAAGUAAAUAGAUUCAGGUAA